AGGAGCGUUUUUAAGCCGGAAAAGUCAUGUAUCCGCGAUUUCUAGACCGCAACUACCCGUUGGCGAAGCAUCUGUUCUUCGUGACCAGAUACUCCUUUGGCCUUUUGGGUCUGCGAUUCGGUGGGAAGCAAUCGUGGUUCCAUCUUACAUGGCUGGUCUUCAAUUUCGUGAAUCUGGCCCACUGCUGCCAGGCGGAGUUUGUCUUCGGCUGGCGUCACCUGCGCACCAGUCCCGUGGAUGCCAUGGAUGCCUUCUGUCCCCUGGCCUGCAGUCUCACCACGCUCUUCAAGCUGGGAUCGCGUCGUCAGGCGGUGUCUGAGCUGAUGGAACGCAUCCGGUUGCUCAUCAAGGAGCAGGAAAUUAGGGGAGAUUCGCGCAAGGAUGCGGCACAGAGGAGCUACUAUGUCAUGGUCACCAGGUGUGGCAUGCUGGUCUUCACCUUGGGCAGCAUCACCACUGGCGCCUUCGUCCUGCGAUCCCUUUGGGAAAUGUGGGUGCGACGACGGGAGGAGUUCAAAUACGAUAUGCCCUUUCGCAUGCUGUUCCCCGAGUUUGCUCACCGAAUGCCCUGGUUUCCUAUCUUCUACCUCUACUCCAUUUGGAGUGGUCAGGUCACGGUAUAUGCCUUUGCUGGAACAGAUGGUUUCUUCUUUGGCGUUACUCUCUAUAUGGCCUUUCUCCUGCAGGCCCUGAGAUACGAUGUUCAGGAUGCCCUAAAGGCAGUACAAGAUCCCUCGGCUAGGGAAUCCAAUAUCUGCUGUCAGCGCUUGGCGGAUAUCGUGGAUCGCCACAAUGAAAUAGAGAAGAUUGUCGAGGUUUUCUCUGGAAUCAUGGCUACUCCCACUUUUGUCCACUUUGUGUCAGCCAGCCUGGUGAUAGCCACCAGCGUAAUUGAUAUACUAUUGUAUUCCGGCUACAAUAUCAUCCGCUAUGUGCUCUAUACGUUCGCCGUGUCCUCGGCUAUAUUUCUUUAUUGCUAUGGUGGCACGGAAAUGUCCACUGAGAGCCUCUCCUUUGGAGAAGCGGCCUACACAAGUGCCUGGUAUCAAUGGGAUCGAGAGACUCGAAGGAGGGUUUUUCUUAUUAUCCUGAGAGCCCAACGACCUAUUACCGUAAAUGUGCCCUUUUUUGCACCUUCUUUACCAGUCUUCACUUCGGUCAUCAAGUUUACGGGUUCCAUUGUGGCCUUGGCUAAAACCAUUUUGUAAAAAGGAGUCACUAUUAAAAAAUUUGUAUCUAUG